AUGCCGUCGUCCUCAGUUUCUGGAUUAAGGCGCCCGCCCUGGUUUGAGCAUAUCCAGAACGUGUCCAAGACGAACGUGGAUAUUGUUGCUGUGCCGCCUAUUGGAGCACAUCAUCAAAAGCCAUGGACUGCACAUAAUAACAACAUACCCUGGCUUAAAAACGAGUUGCUUCAACAAGUACCUAGAGCACGGGUCUUGUUAUACCAUCAUGGACAUGUCCACGAGCACGACAAGAUUGAAAAUCUAGGUCAACGCCUGUUAAACAUAUUAUUAGAUGAACGCAGAAAACACAGCAGUCGGCGACCAUUAUUCUUUAUCUGCCAUAGCACAGGAGGCCUCGUGGCAAAGUCAUGUCUGGCUUUAGCUUCACGGGCCGAGCCGGCCCAGGCUAUACUAACCAGCUGCUAUGGCAUCGCUUUCCUAGCAACUCCUCACCAAGGCUCGAGUUAUCUAUCGGCGGAGGAAUAUAUGCCAAGUAUUCAUCGCAUACUUCAUCUUGAGCAGGAUCUUCCUGCAUCUCUCAGGGAACAAUUUCGGCCUCGUCAGGAUACACUCUGGCAUCUUUCGAACCAGUUCAAAGCACUAUCAGCUGAUAUGAAAGUCUGGUCGUUUCUUGAAACUAUUGACUCCACCUUGACUGUAUUGGAUGUGGAUUUUGGGACCACCGUGGAGUUUCAUGCGCCCAUUACAUCGAUUCGUUCUGGGUUAUUGGAUAUUGAGCAUGAGAAUGAAAUCCCAAUGGCAACGGACCACAUCGGAGCAGCCAGUUUCCAAGGCCAGGAAGGAGUACGCAAUACGUUUCUGGUUGAGUUAGCCGAUGCAGUCAACACGGCGGUGGAGCUCUCUAGUCAUAUAGAUACCGAGUUGAACGUGGAACAAGAGGUGAAGGUUCAGAUCAAUGGAUUUUUCGAGGACCCUGCAUUGGGUGUCAGCGAUGAGAGUCCUCUCAAACUAUGGUCAACGCAUGUCUCCUUGGAGGAGUAUCUCGCUCGUGGACCUGGAGCAUGUCUUCGGGAUCGCUUGAAGCGUAUCCACCCGGGUGGAUUUGACGACUCCUCUAUAAGCAGCUUUGACAGUCAUCCCGUUCCACCUAUCGUCCCUCCACAGGACCACCUCGAUCACAAUGAACAUAAUGAGACCCAGCAAGAAACUCGCCAGGAGCAUCAAGAAACCAGGCCCUCCAGACCCACUAUACGAGAAAGUCGAAGCUUCAUCUCACCAGAAAAUCAACUUUCUCCCACAAUCCAUAUCACAGAAGCUUCCAUGGAUGGCUAUUUUGGUAGAGAGCGUCCCUCAAGUGAAAGUCCACCGCCACCGGUGGAGCGAAAACGGAAAUCCUCUAUAGCCAAAGUGUUUGGUAUAUCCCAUCUUCGGGCUCAUAGACGAAGUACUUCGGAUACAAGUUCUCAAGGAAGUAGCUCACGACCCGCAUCGGGAUCUAACUCGUCGCCACGAAGUACCGGGUUCCUAGUAAUCCCUCCAUCAACACGAGACCGCAUCAAUCAACACGGCGAUGCACCGGACAUCCCUCGCUCAGUGCCUCGGUUCGAUAGACCUGACCCCGAUACUGAGAAACUACUCUGGAUCCACGUUCCAUAUACACAUACUGGAUGGGUAUCCCAGGUAAUUCGUCGUGCCUGUCAAGAUCGUCAACUUGAAGAACCAAGUUUUCUGAGGAAGUUUAUCAAUGACGAGAACUGGUAUUCAAACCUCAACCGAGCGCGGCAUUCGGAGCCUCAUGCUCGAUUUGUGAGACCUCGAUGCAUCCAUUCCCGUCAGAUGGAUGUAUCCCAAGGAAUCAAAGCAGAUGAUUCGCAUGAUCCUCAAUUAGCUCUCUAUACACCAUAUCUUCAUUGGGAUACGUACCGGAAUCUCAUCCAGCGACGCAAGGUAGUUCAAGAUCGACUUCGACAAGGUCGUUCACGCCCGGUACCACCCCGAAUCGCUAAUGCCAGCCUCGAGGCCCAGCUCAUAUGGCAAUACUUGGGUUGUGAACCACCUAUUCAUUUCAGACGUACACUCGACCAAUUCGGAUACCCGAAUCUACGGUCAACAAUAGCUCGAGACGAUGAUCAAAUGCUCUGGAAGCGUACUCGCAGGCCAGCUCGCAUUGAUGAUCAACUCCGAGAGUAUCUAGAUGCGGCGAGCGACGAGCCCGAUACAGAGCCAACGGAGUUCAUGGAUGGUAAUGUACUAAUGGUUGAUCAACUUUGGCUCUGGAUUGUCGAUCAAAAGACCAUCGUGACAUUCUUCCCGAACCAGGAGGCUACGACAUCUGAGGGAAAACUUUUUGAACAAUCUAAUCUUCACAGCAGUCUAUAUAAUGAAUUGAAUGGGGAUUUAGCGAGACGGUUUGAAACAGCGGGCGACCUUGCCGCCCUAAUCAUGUUGCAUGCUGUGACUGUUCUCUUGGAUCGAACUCUUCACCAUGAUCUUCAGGUUUUGAGAAUAUUUGAAGAAUCUAUAAGCAUAUUGACUGAAUCGGUGACGAAAUCCUUCAAAAGAUUCCGUAAUCGUGGCUUCGCCGAUAGACCCGCCGAUCAUAAUCGUACUGCUGAAGGCAAGAUCAUGACUUCUACGCAGCGAGAUCAACGAGAUCGCCAGGUAGCACGACGCAACCGCGAUGACCUAUCCGUCCUGUUAGAACUACGAGACAUUGAAGACGAGCUAUCAACCAUUAUUAAACUUCUUGAUCAGCAAGAUGGAGUGAUAAAGACUAUGAUGAAGUAUUUCAAUUUAAAGGACGGAAGCUGUGGAAAGGUGUUCCUUGAUGCCGCACAGGUUCGGAUUAAUGAGUAUCGAGCCCAGAUGGGGGAUAUGAAAGAGAAUAGUCAUCUUGCUCAGAAAGCGGUUGAAACACUCCUGGAUCUGAAACAGAAACAGGCAAAUGUGGAUGAAGCCAAAAUGGCGCGCUGGCAAGCAGAAGAAACCCAAAACCAGUCUCGAUCCUUGAUGGUCUUCACCAUUUUCACCGUAAUUUUCUUACCCUUAUCAUUCUUCACCUCCCUCUUCGGUAUGAACGCUCGAGAAUGGAGCGGAGUAUCAGAGAACAUGCCUCUAGCCGAGAUGUUCGAAAUCGCAGCACCAGCCUCAUUCGCGAUAAUCGCCUUUGCUCUUUUAAUGGCAUUUAGCGAGAAACUACGAGAAGCAGUAACAAAAUCCCACAAGAUUGGAUUCGGGCUUUGGGGCGACUUUAUUUCCGGUCCUAUCAAAGACUUUCUACAUUGGCGCUCCAUCAAGAAUCAAAUUCCUCCGCUUGCUUCUGAAGACUCGCGGAUGCGCAAAAGGUUCGAUCAGUACCUUGGGUAUGAACAGCACCGGGUUAAGUUUGAUGAGGAUUUUUGGCAAAGAAGGAAAGAAGCUAAAAAGCCUGUUUUGGAGGUUGAGUGGAAGAAUUCCAAGAUUGCGCAUCCUCCGACUGCGACUAAGGAGGUUAUUUUGGAGAAGCCUAAGCCUACACAUGGAGGUGAGGCUAGAUUACCUGUUUGA